UUGUCCAACUUGUCGAUUUGUCAUUUUGUCAAUAAUUCAAUACUCAGCAAUUUAUUUAUUCUAUGUAAAUAUAAAAUAAUGACACUACUCAGAAAAAUAAAAUAACAUUACACAAAUCAUGAUUAAAACAACAAGCUUAGGGUCAAAUCGUCCACUCUCUGGUCAGCUAUACAAAUACACAAAUGUUGUAAAAGGAUGGCAGCAGAGAUGGUUUGCAGUGGAUCCAGAAACUGGGGUGUUGUCGUACUAUUUAUUUGAUGGCCCCGGAGACACCGUUCAACCGGGUCAGCCGGCAAGAGGAGAGGCUCACCUAGCCGCUGCAGUAAUAUGUCCAAGUGAUGAAGACUCUAAAACAUUUACUAUAAACUGUGCAUCUGGUGAUAUGUUAAAACUGAGAGCUACAGAUGCCCGUGCCAGACAAGAAUGGGUCAAUGGACUGAGAGCCAUAGCAGAGAUACAUACUAAGGCAAUGGGAGCAAAUCCACCUUUGCAACCUCGAGAGCAGCUCGCUGUUCACGACGCAAUGGCGUCAGCUCGGCAACAGUUACAAGCUACUGAACUAAGCGAUGCAGCAUUGGCUAGAUGUAUAGAGUCUGCCGAUUCUCCCUUUCCUCAUACGGAUCCAGAUUUACUUCUUCUAAAGGCGACUUCGGCAGCCAGCAUGCAGUGCUUGCUGCAGUGCCUGGGCAUCUUGCUCCGGCAGCAGCAGUACGCGACACUCAGCAUUUCCAAAAACUCUAACAGUGACCAUUAGCCCUAUUUAUAUGUAAUCUAUUCCAAAUGAAGGAUGAAAAAAGGAAACAAAUCUUUGAUAUACACUAUGCGUAUUCCUACCGAUUUGACAAUUAUAUUUCUCUUAUAUUUUGUACUACAAACAAUUCUAUAGUAUUUAUAUUAUACUACUAAACUUAUCCACACAAAUUCACUUCAACUUCACUUUUCACAAGUUUUGAUUACAUGUUUACGCCAUUUUUUUCCCAAAAUUUAUUGGUACAAAUAAAAUUGAAAAUUAAUAUAUCAAGGAUAUUUGUAAUAUGAAUGGUGUACCGAUGAAUUUUAAUGACAAAAGUAAUUGUAUUUCAAGUGAAAUUACAUUAUAUUAUUUUUACUUUAAAGUUUUAGUUUUAUUAAUUUAUAAUACUUGAUAAUUUAAAAAAAAAUGUAACAAAAACAUAGGAAAACAUAAAAGCUACUUUAUAUUGUUAUCUAACUGAAAAAAAACAUUAAAUGUAUAAAAUAAUAAAUGGUGGAAAUAUUUUUUUUAUUUGUAUAUAUUUUGUUAUUAAGUAUAACGCAAGAUAAGAUAUCUAUCGUAAAUUAAUUUGUAUUUUGUGCACUGGUUAAUUGACUAUUCGGGUGUUAACAAAUAGCGUUAAUUAAUGUAAGAGAAAAACAUAAUUAAUUACUAUAUCAUUCAUCAAACAAUCCAUGCGGUACUAUUAUUAUUAUUAUUCAUAUGACUAGCAACACUGUAAUAAAUUAAAGUCAAAAUCCUUUUUUCAUCUUUUAUAUUGGCAGCAACUAUAGUUGAAUUACAAUUGAAUUUUAUUUAUAUAUCAAUAAUUGUUAACCAUAGCUAAACUUAUCUGAUUUAAAUAAUCCUAGCUUUAUAAAAUACUUCUUUAUUUUUUAUUAAAUUGUAAAUAAAGAUAAUUUUAUUAUUAUCAUUAUGUAGCGUUCUCAAAUGAUUUCAUUUUGUAAAUUUUAUCGUUUAAGACAUAAGAAUGUAUAUUACAUUUACGUAUAUCGGAUUUUUGCUCGAAAAAUGUAUAUUUUUUUAUAUUAGAUAGGUUGAAAUUAAUUUCAUAUUUUUGUAUCUGUAUUUGCUUCUUAAUUUUUGUAAAAUGAAAAAAUGUUUAAAUUUUAAAUGGUUUCAUUAGUAUAUGAUUAGUUUUUAAAUGGCAUCUGUGAUUAUAAACAGUUAUGCGCUACAAUAUCUCCUGGCUAGUCUCCGUUCAAAAUGGCUGCCGUGACUAAAAUCGUUCAAGACAUCAUGAAUUUUUAAAUGUAUAAGAACGCAAAUAUUAAAAAUAUAUCGAUUUUUUUAUUUAAGGUCCUGAUUGUCAGUAAAAAAAAUCAUCUAGAAAUAUAUAUCAUUAUUUCUUG